GAAAUUCAUGUGAUUUCACUUACAUUUUGAGUUCAUUUCGCCUUCUUGUUCGAAAAACGAACACAAAAUCAAGACCCCCCCCCUCCCCCCCAAAAUAGAAGAAAGAUUUAAACACACAAAAAAGAACCACGAAUCCUUUUAACCCUUUCGACAUGCGUGUGAUAGAGAGAGCGGGGGACCAGUAAUUUAGUUUUGUCUGAAAAACUGAAUCUUGGAAAUUAGAAAACGACCAAGUGUUUCUUUUCAAGAGUGAAAAAGAAUGGAAGAGGAAAAGAAGCUUGAAGAGAAGUUAAAGGAGGUGGGAUCCAAGCUGGAAACACUUCCUUCUACUAAAGAUGGUGUUAUUAAGCUUUUAAAGCAAGCUGCUGCUUGUCUUUCUGAGAUGGACCAAUCACCGCUGGUUUCAGUGUCAGAGUCAACGCAGCCGUUUCUUGAUGCAAUUGUAAAGCCAGAUUUGUUAAAGCAUCAAGAUAGGGAUGUUAAGCUUCUAGUUGCAACCUGUAUUUGCGAGAUAACCCGGAUAACUGCACCUGAAGCUCCUUACAGUGAUGAAGUUUUAAAGGAUAUUUUCCACUUGAUCGUAGGCACUUUCAGUGGGUUAAGUGAUACUGGCAGUCCAUCAUUUGGAAGGAGAGUUGUUAUUUUGGAGACUCUUGCCAAAUAUAGGUCAUGUGUUGUGAUGCUGGAUCUUGAAUGUAAUGAUCUGGUGAAUAAGAUGUGCAGUACAUUUUUUACUGUCGCCAGUGAUGAUCAUCAAGAAAGUGUAUUAUCUUCAAUGCAAACAAUAGUGGUUGUUCUCAUAGAAGAAAGUGAGGAUAUCCGAGAGGAUCUUCUACUUAUUAUCUUAUCUGUAUUAGGUCGUAACAGAAAUGAUAUCUCGAUGGCAGGGAGGAAACUUGCCUUGAAUGUUAUAGAGCAUUGUGCAGGAAAACUUGAAGCUGGCAUAAAGCAGUUCCUCAUAUCAUCAAUGUCAGAAGAUAGCAGGUUGGAAAAUUGUAAAAUCGACUACCAUGAAGUUAUAUAUGAUAUUUACCGUUGCGCUCCUCAGAUCCUAUCAGGAGCCAUUCCAUACCUCACAGGAGAGCUGCUGACUGACCAGCUAGACACUCGUUUAAAAGCAGUGGGGUUGGUUGGGGAUCUAUUUGCUUUGCCUGGCUCUGCCAUCACAGAAACAUUCCAGUCUAUCUUUUCCGAGUUUUUGAAAAGAUUGAGUGAUAGAGUAGUUGCUGUUCGGAUGUGUGUCCUUGAACGUGUCAAAAGCUGUCUUUUGUCAAAUCCUUUUCGAGCUGAGGCAGCUCAAAUCAUCUCUGCCCUUUGUGACCGACUGUUGGACUAUGAUGAAAAUGUUCGAAAGCAAGUCGUUGAUGUACUCUGUGAUGUAGCAUGUCAUGCCUUGAAUUCUGUCCCUGUUGAAACUAUAAAACUAGUGGCAGAGCGUCUUCGAGAUAAAUCUCAACUUGUUAAAAGAUAUACUAUGGAGAGACUGGCUGAGAUAUUCAGGGUUUAUUGUGUAAAGUCCUCUGAUGGAUCAGUCAAUCCUGGUGAAUUUGAUUGGAUUCCUGGAAGGAUUUUGAGAUGUUUGUAUGACAAGGAUUUCAGAUCAGAUACAAUUGAAUUUGUUCUUUGUGGGUCUCUGUUUCCAACUGAAUGUGCAGCAGAAGAUAGAAGUAAACAUUGGGUAAGAGUCUUCUCUGUAUUAGACAAAGUUGAGGUGAAAGCUCUUGAGAAGAUCCUGGAGCAGAAGCAAAGGUUACAGCAAGAGAUUUUGAGGUAUCUAUCACUUAGGCAGAUGCGUCAGGAUGGUGAUACUCCUGAGAUCCAAAAAAAGAUUCUGUUCUGCUUUCGGAUUAUGUCUCGCUCCUUUGCAGAGCCUGCCAAGGCUGAGGAAAAUUUUCAUAUAGUUGAUCAAUUGAAAGAUGCCAAUAUCUGGAAGAUUUUAACAAAUCUACUCGAUCCAAGCACUAGCUUCCAUCAAGCUUGCACUGGUCGGGAUGAUUUACUUAAAAUACUUGGCGACAAACACCGACUCCAUGAUUUUUUGAGCAGUCUUUCCAUGAAGUGUUCUUAUUUACUUUUCAACAAGGAGCAUGUGAAAGAAAUCAUUUUGGAUGUCAACAAACAUAAUUCAGCUGGAAAUAUGAAUUUUACAAAAUCUUGUUUGGAUUUACUGGUGAUUCUUGCGCGCUUCAGUCCAUUGUUGCUUGGUGGGUCCGGGGAAGAGCUUAUAAAUUUUCUGAAAGAUGACAAUGAAAUAAUAAAAGAAGGUGCUUUGCAUGUUUUGGCAAAGGCUGGUGGUAUGAUCCGAGAACAACUAGCGGAGUCAUCAAGUUCAAUUGACCUUAUGUUGGAGAGGCUUUGCUUAGAGGGUAGCCGAAGGCAGGCCAAGUAUGCUGUGCAUGCCCUAGCAGCAAUAACAAAGGAUGAUGGGCUCAAAUCCCUCUCUGUUUUAUACAAGAGACUUGUGGACAUGCUGGAGGAGAAGACACAUUUGCCUGCUGUACUACAAUCUCUGGGAUGCAUUGCACAGACUGCAAUGCCAGUUUUUGAAACUAGAGAAAAUGAAAUUGAAGAAUUCAUUAAGAGCAAAAUUCUAGAACGCAGUAGUAAACCAGAAGAUAAUACAAAAGCAUGCUGGGAUGACAGAAGUGAACUAUGUUUGUUGAAGGUUUAUGGACUCAAGACAUUGGUCAAGAGCUACUUGCCAGUUAAAGAUGUACAACUCCGUCGUGGUAUUGACGACCUUCUGGAAAUCCUUAGAAACGUACUUAUGUUUGGAGAGAUAUCGAAAGAUAUUGAAUCAAGUUCAGUUGAUAAGGCCCACUUGAGGUUUGCUUCUGCUAAGGCAGUUCUUCGUUUGUCAAAGCAUUGGGAUCAAAAGAUACCUCUUGAUCUAUUCCACUUAACUUUGAGGACACCAGAGAUUGCUUUCCCCCAAGCUAGGAAGCUGUUUCUGGGUAAAGUUCAUCAAUACAUCAAGGACCGAGUUCUGGAUGCAAAGUAUGCUUGUGCCUUCUUAUUUAAUACCACAGGAUCCAAGUCCCUUGAUUUUGAUGAGGAGAAGCAGAACCUUGCUGAUAUUAUUCAGAUGCACCAGCAAGCUAGGACACGACAAGUCUCUGUGCAAAGUGAUGCAAAUGCCUCGGCAGUUUAUCCUGAAUACAUUAUCCCCUAUUUGGUCCAUGCUCUUGCUCAUCAAUCAUGUCCGAAUGUAAAUGAGUGCAAGGAUGUUAAAGCAUUUGAACCAAUAUACAGGCAAUUAUACUUGAUCGUUUCUAUGUUAGUUCAUAAAGAUGAAGGCGUCAAGUUAGAAGCUGGUACCGACAAGGAGAAGGAGAAGGAGAAGGAGAAAGACAAUGACAAAGACAAAGAGACUAACUCUCUAAUAGUUUCCAUCUUUCAGAAUAUUAAGUGCUCGGAAGAUGUAGUUGAUCGAGAGAAGUCAAAGAAUUCACAUGCUAUCUCUGAACUUGGGCUGUCAAUCAUCAAGCGCUUGGUUCAAAAGGAGGAUGAAAGCGUGCUUCCAUCAGUUUCUUUGCCUCCGAUGCUUUACAAAACAUAUGAAUAUAAAGAAGGCGAAGAAGCUCUGGCAAAUGAAGGGAAAGUGUGGUUGGCUGAUGAAAGUGUCUUGACUCACUUUGAAUCACUUAAGUUCGAGACUGAUGGAAAUGCUAGUGCACAUGCUGCCAGGGAUGAGGAUGUAAAUGACAGUGAAAGAGAAGCUAAUGAAGUGCCUCUUGGGAAAAUGAUCAAGCAAUUAAAAUCCCAGGGAAAUAAAGGUGGAAAAACUAAAAAGAACAGCACUUCAUUGGCUAAAGCAAAAGAUGCUGAAAAUGAUGUUGAUAUCUUGAAGAUGGUCAGGGAGAUAAAUUUGGAUAAUCUGGGGCUAUCUAAUAAAUUUGAGUCAAGCAAUGGACAUAAAGAACUAAGUGAGAAGACAAAGUCAGAAUCAGAGCAUCAAAAAGUGAAAAAAGGAAACAUUACUGUGACACCUGUGCCUGUACCCAAACGCCGAAGAUCAUUAUCUGCUCAUAGUGCUUCUAGAUUGCCCCGAAGUUCUUUAAUGGCUCCUUCAAGAGCUUCAGAGGAUGAUUCAAGCCCUGAUUUGAAGGGAAAAAAACUCAAAGCUGAGCGCACUGGAUCUGAAUUGUUGGUAUAUAGCAUUCAAAAGAAGAAAAAUGUCACAUCCAAACUUAAAGGCAAAAACUCCGAGUUGGGUGACAAUGGCAGGGAAAAUGAAGUUGGAGAAUCUGAUGAUGAUAUUCCAGUGAAGCCUGGGAUGCUAAUGGAGACUGAUAAGAUCAAUACAACAAAUAGUCCUCAGUCUUUGACUAGUUCUAUGAAGAAGCGGAAAAGAAGAAGUGUAGCAGGGUUGGCCAAGUGCCCAACAAAGAAAAGUGGCAUUGAUAUCGAGGAUAUUAUUGGUUACAGAAUAAAAGUUUGGUGGCCCAUGGAUAAGAAGUUUUAUGGAGGCACCAUCAAGUCUUAUGAUCCUUUGAAAAGGAAACAUGUGAUAUUAUAUGAUGAUGGAGAUAUAGAAGUACUCCGUUUGGAUAAAGAGCGCUGGGAGCUCGUUGACAAUGGCCCCAAGCGCACAAAGAAAUCAAUUUCAUUUAAGCGCACCCCUUCCAAGGACAUGUCACCAGCACCAAAAAAUAGAAGUCCAAGUAGUUUAAGUCAGAAUAAGAAGUCAGUGACAAUUGUGAAAAAGAAAAGAACUCCAACAAAAAACUCAAAGCGUGUGUAUAAAGAGCCGAAGGACAAUGUGGAUUCUGAUGCAUCAAGCCCUGAACAUGCCGUGGCAUCUGAAGGAGAUAAACUCAAAUUAGAUGAUCCUAAAGGGGAUCAUGCUGAAAAGGUGUCCCAGGGCAUGACAGAUGGGGAGGAAUCUGAUAAGGAAGUGGUGUCAAUUUCCAAAGGUAAACACUUGGAAGACACAGAGGAAAGGUCAAAUAAUUCUGAGGAAUCUGAUGGAGAAGAGAAAUCCAAUUUUGAAGCUGAAGUUUCUGAAGAUAUGGAAAGCACACCACAAGAUGAUAAAAAAGGUGAUGACGGAGAGGAAUCCCAUUCAGAAGAGAAAGAAGUAGAUGAAUCAAGUGAAGCCUUGGGAGUGAAAGCUAAAAAAGAAAAAUCAGAUUCUGAAGGGAAUCAAGAUGUAGACAUCAGGAAACCUAGCAGAAAGCCAAAGAAACUUAGUAAGAAAUCAUCAAAUGCUGAAGAUGCCGACAUCUCUGAUGAUGAACCUCUUAGCAAGUGGAUGCAUAAAACAGGGAAUACAGCAUCAAGACGUUGAAAGUCAUUUAUCAAAGAAUUUGAUCAAUCUCCAGGUAGUUCUCAAAGCUUUAGAUUUCGUGCCCUCGGUUUAGUUGGUGUAAGCUGGUGCAGAAUCAAAGAAGUUGAAAGCCAUUUAUCAAUGUAAACACACUAAUAAAACAUCUCAAGUGGUUGCCUUUGCACAGAUGAAUGUAAAAUAACCUUAGGCCUUCUCCAUGCUAAGUUAGUAAUGUUAAUGUUAGUUCCCAGGACUAUGGUAGAUGAUAGGAUGGUGGCUUUUGUUCAUUGAUUGUAGUCCUAGUGCAUGUUUUCUAACCACCUGGAUUGCUAAAUUGAUAGGUCUCUUGUAUAGUUACAGUUGGGGAUAGUGUUGUAUGUCAGGAGGAAUUGAGAACCUUUAUUUUGAUUUUGGGCACCCAUGGAAGUGAUAGAUUAACUGCUUAUUUGUCUUGUUGUUUUGUAUCAA